AUGCGUCGCUCGUUCGUUCGAAGAUGGCGAAGUCGAAGGCGAAGUCGGCGACUCGGGGAUGAACAGUACAGUAUCAGACUGAACCCGUCUGACCGUCCUAGGCGUGUCGUCAGGUUGGACAAGACGGUCGCACAGGUCGGGGAGGUUGUCGCACUGAGUGGUCGUCUCAGAUUGAAAUUGAAACCACACAGACGCGACGCAGUAACGGUAGCAGUGUGGACCGUGAGAAGUGACAGGCGGGAGGUGAAGCGAGAGGACGAGGAGAAACGACCGACACCACUCGAUGCGAAAAGGGGGAUUUGCGCCUCGCUGGUGUGGGACGGGAAGGGUCAACAGGCACCAAAGUGA